UGUCAGCUCCACUCGUUAACCUUGUCGGCAGCUAAGCGACGUAUGUAAAGGGUUGAAUAGCCUAUAAAAUUUGUUUGACAUAUUCCGCAUCAAUGACAGACUAUUGCCAUCCGGUUUCAGCUGAUUUCACCACAGCUGAGAAGCUGGAAAUUGAAAGCAUCAAGAUGCACAAGAAUGACCUUUUAGAUGACAUAGAGAAGCUGAAGAUGGAGAUUGAGAAAGUCAUGUCCGAAAUUCAGGACUUUGAAAUGGCCGAAGAGAACAAAAAUAUUGCGAGGGAUAAGCAAUUCUUAUGUGGAAAGAAGAAAUUCAACAUGGACCCUAAAAAGGGGAUUCAGUACCUGGUUGACAAUAAUCUCCUGGAGUGGAAGGCACCGGCAGUGGCCGAGUUCCUGUAUAAAGAGGAAGGACUGAACAAAACGGCCAUUGGAGACUUCUUAGGAGAAAGGGAAGACAUGCACAUUGAGAUUCUGAAAGCAUUUGUGGAGCUGCAUGAAUUUUCAGACCUUAACCUGGUGCAGGCACUCCGGCAGUUCCUAUGGAGCUUCCGCCUCCCAGGAGAGGCGCAGAAGAUUGAUCGCAUGAUGGAAGCUUUCGCCACCCGCUACUGCGACUGCAAUGCUGACAUGUUUCAGUCCACAGACACCUGCUACAUCCUGUCCUUCGCCAUCAUCAUGCUGAACACCAGCCUCCACAACCCCAACGUGAAGGAAAAGACGACGCUGGAGCGGUUCAUCAGCAUGAACAGAGGCAUCAACAAUGGGGGUGACCUGCCAAGCGACCUGCUGACAAAACUCUUUGAGAGUAUCCGCAGCGAGCCAUUCAAAAUCCCAGAGGACGAUGGGAAUGACCUCACUCACACUUUCUUCAACCCUGACCGGGAAGGCUGGUUACUCAAGCUGGGAGGUAGGGUGAAGACAUGGAAGAGGAGGUGGUUCAUUCUGACGGACAACUGCCUGUACUACUUCGAAUACACCACUGACAAAGAACCACGGGGCAUUAUUCCUCUGGAGAACCUCUGUGUGAGAGAGGUGGUGUGUCCACGCAAGCCGUACUGUCUGGAGCUGUACAACCCCAACAGCAAGGGUCAGAGGAUCAAGGCCUGUAAGACAGAGACCGACGGCCGGGUGGUGGAGGGGAAGCACCAGUCCUACAUGAUCUCUGCUUCCACUGCUGAAGAGCGGGACAACUGGAUCCAGUCCAUCAGAGCCAGCAUCACUAAAGACCCUUUCUACGACCUGGUGUCGGUUCGCAAGAAGAAAGUCAUCAACAAUGUGUCUGAAGACUGA